AUGGCCUCCAACGCUCUCAUCUGGAACCCUCUGGCUAAGAAUAACGACCGCUUGCUAGUCUACUACAACAGCUCCAAGGCCAACCUUGGCCUGCGCCAGUGGACAACCGGCGAAGACAGUAGUUGGGGUAGUGUGUUCCAGGAAAAGGAGGAGAGUGCCAAGGGCAAUAUCAAGGUCGGCUCAGGGCUCUCGGCCUUGCGAUUGCGCGACUGGAUCCGAGUCUACGGCAUCGUGUCCGCUAAAAAUGAAACUACAGGCAGUGAUCACGACUACAUCUCUUUACUCAGUCCCGUCAUCCAGUCUCUGAGCAUCAAGACCGACUACGACCGUCUGACUGGUAGUGGUAACGGCAAGGACAAGGGCUGGCUGUAUUUCCUCGUCUCUGACCCCCCUGCCAUCCAUGAACGUGAUCUCGACGGCACCAACAGCGCCCCUAUUGCCAAGGGAAGCAACCUCUUGAAGCAAAGCUCGCCCCCGGCUCUGACAAACUUGGCUUCUGCCUACGCACAAAAGGCUGGAAAGCGCUGGGCAUUCUUCCAGACAUCUGACAAAGUUCUCCAUGGCCUAGAGGUCAAGGGUAGCAGCGACAACAAUAUCACAUCCAACGCCAGACCCGGUUCGCCCCUGGCGGCCACCUCAUUCUUUCACAAGGAGGUUGAAGCCUUGGUGCUUUACUGGAUCAGCGAUGCCACUGGCGUUCUGACACGCAGCCACUCAACAGACGGUGGCAAGAACUGGAAGGAAAAGAUACUGGAAGGCACCCCCACGCAGGAGACUCUGAGCGCUGCAUCAAACGAGACCUUUGAGCAGAUCGCCGUGGUGUUUUCUUCCAAUGACACCAAUGAAACUCAGAUCUUCAAGGAUGAGUGGGAGUCCAUUCUUAACGCCUAA